CGAAGAGUGUUGCUUUGUUUUGUUUUGGUUAAUUGGGGGUGGGGGAGGGGACGGGGCGCGCGCGGAAGUUUUUCGUCGAGGCGCCGCCAUGAAGAAAUUCUUCCAGGAGAUUAAAGCCGAUUUGCAGUUCCGGGGGGCCGGCCCGGGCCAGAAGCUCACCGAGUCGCCUCGGGAAAGAGCCCCAAAAGAGAAAGCCAAAGCUGCAGACCCCCCUAAGUCUCGCCAGGGGCCCACAAAUGAAGCCCAGAUGGCAGCGGCCGCAGCCUUGGCCCGACUGGAGCAGAAGCCCAGGCCUCGGCCACCAUCAUCCCAAGAUGCAAUCAGAAAUCAGGUGAAAAAGGAACUAAUGAGUGAAGCCGCUGCGUGUGACAAGGAAGCAUCUUUGGAUCAAAAGAAUUCUUUGCCCGCUCUUAAGGAAGACUCAUCUACCUUCUCCGUCUCUGGAAUCUACUUCAUUUGUCCAUUAACAGGGGUGUCCGUCCGGAAAGACCAAAAGGAGGCCCACAUCCGCCAAGCCAUCCAACAGCAUGCUUCCCAAGACCCUGUGGCUGCUUCCAUCAUGGAGAUCCACACUUUGAACAGGGACCGGGAGAAGGUCAAGCUCGGGGUGGAGACCAUUGCCAAGUACCUUGAUAACAUCCACAUUUACCCUGAGGAAGAGAAGUAUCGGAAAAUCAAACUUCAGAACAAAGUGUUUCAGGAAAGAAUCCACUCUCUGGAAGGGACAGACAACUUUUUCCAGGCUGUUGGAUUUGAAAAGAAGACCUUGAACGUUCCUGGGCAAGAGGCUGCAGAGGACUUCUAUGUGCUGAAGGAAGAAGUCUUGGAGAAGCUUGAUGACCUCGAGGAGCAAAAGGAGAAGCUCCUGAGGGCUGAGCCAGUGCGGGCCCUGCUGGAUCGUCAGCUCCGUGUUUUCAAGCCAUCCCCUCUGGCCUCCCACUUUGAGCUGCCCAGCGACUUCUUCAACCUGACCACUGAGGAGCUGAUACGUGAAAGACGACUCCGGGCAGAAGCUGUUGAGAAGGCCUCCAUGCUGAGAACGAAGGCCAUGCGAGAGAAAGAAGAGCAGAGAGAGAUGAAGAAAUACAACUACACGCUGCUGCGUGUCCGUUUCCCAGAUGGCUACAUCCUGCAAGGGACAUUCUUUGCGCGGGAGCCUGUCGCAACCCUUUACCAGUUUGUGCGGGAGGCUCUGCAGAUUGACUGGCUGCCCUUUGAGUUGCUGGCCCCUGGGGCCCAAAAACUGACAGACGAGAACGUGGCUUUCAACGAGUGCGGGCUGGUGCCUUCUGCACUUCUGACAUUCGUGGGGGAUGAAGACAUCCUAGCAGACAUAAAAGAGCAGAUUGGCUGUCUGCUAAAACCGGACCUGCUCUCAGACGUACGGAUUCUGUCCUGAAAAUAAAACGGGCCCACUUCUGUUGUGUGUGUGGUUCCCUUCUCCCCAUGUCAAAUGAAAGCUGCUUCAGACACUUCUGUAUCUCUUGUCUCGUGAAACCUAGCGAGAAGGAAGACUGACCUAUUUAGAGCUUGUUGGUAGGAAGCUGGACUUGGAGAGGCCUUUGGGAGAAUGACAGGGCAUACUUCACCGUACGGAAACCAGUUGAGCUGAUUUGCACAUGUUUUUGAGGGGGCUUUUUUAAGUGCUGCUUCUCUCCCCCCUGCCUAUUUAUAAUAUUACCUGUAUGUGACAAAUGCCCUCUAAGAGGACUUCAGAUCCCAAAUAAAAGCAUCGCUGCACAAAAAGGUGAAA